UGUCUUGCACAGGAUAAUGACAACGUUCUCGAUCGCUUGAAACUCUGGGUUUGUUCCGGAGAAACUUUGUCGGUCGCAUUGGCCAAUCAAUUUUUCACCACGUUUGACAACAAGGGCAAGAUAUUAGCUAAUUUCUACGGUAGCACGGAAGUCAUGGGUGACGUUACAUAUUACCUAUUAAACAAACGGGAACAAUUACAAGGGAUGGAGAAAGUGCCAAUCGGAAAGCCGAUCGACAACUGCAUAAUUUAUCUCGUGAACAAAGACUUGCGACUGAUCCCCCAGGGAGAAGUCGGAGAGUUGAUCGUGGCUGGAAGAAAUCUUGCCGCGGGUUAUAUAUGCGAACGAGACACACAUAAAUUUUUGGACAAUCCUCAUGCCAUUGAUCCAGAAUAUCCAAAAAUCUUCCGUACGGGUGAUUACGCUAAAAUUGUCAAAGACUCGGUAAUUUACGAAGGACGAGUGGAUUCGCAGAUCAAGAUUAGGGGUCAUCGUGUCGAUUUCACGGAAGUUGAAAAGGUGAUCGCCAGGGUACCCAAUAUUGAUAAAGUCGUGGUUCUCUGUCACAAACCCGGCGAACUGUCACAGGCAUUAAUAGCGUUCGUUACCGUUACGCAUUCGUGCCAAUGCACGACCUUAUCCAGCUCGGAGAUCGAAAAUCUUCUUCAAAAGACAUUACCGCCAUAUAUGUUACCACAAAUUUUUAUUGUUGAUCACAUACCUCUUCUAACAAAUGGGAAAACGGAUCGACAGGAAUUGCUAAGGAGAUACGAAUCAUCUUGCUCUAAUGACGAAGACCACGUUGCUAUGAAUUGCGAUUACAGCGGAGUGCCAAGUCAAGAUCUUGCAAAAGCCCGUAUCCUUUUUCCGACCAUCGCAUCCGUAAUCGGACGUAGUAGUCGCACACCGGUAAUGCUAAACGCAAAUUUCUACGAACUUGGUGGAAAUUCCUUGAAUUCCAUUUACACCGUGACCAAGUUAAGAGAUCAAGGUUAUCAGAUCGGUAUCACGGAUUUUAUCACAGCGAAAAAUUUAGCCGAAGUAUUAGACCGGAUGAAGUUCAUAUUAACCGACGAGAAACCUUUGAAAGAAGCCAUUGACCAGAAAUCGUACGUCUUUGAAUUAUUAAACGACUGCCAUAAGGAGGACGCAAUCGAAAUAAUCACGGAGAGCUUUUAUUCAAAAGCCGAUUUGGAGCAGUGGUUAAUGCCGGAAAUAACGAGAACCGAUUAUCGGGAAUUAGUGGAGGCUAUGUGGGCUCCUCUUGUAGAGAAGAACUUGAGCUUCGUAAUGAAAUCGGCGCAAAGUGGCAAAACAAUCGGAGUUACUUUCAACUUUGAUCUUUGGGAUGAACCUGAAGUAAUACUGAAAUCUAAGUUAAUGAUUGUUUUUGAUUUUCUCGAAUAUCUGGAGGGACCGAUCAGAGAUUACAAAUUACCAAAGGGUAAAGGCAAGAUUAUUCAUAAUUUCAUGAUGGGGACGAGCAUCGAUUUGAAUCCCAUGGAAAAUGUACUUGUAAUAAGACAAAUGGAAGAAUACUGUUUGCAACUUGCCAAACAAAAAGAAUACAUCGGAAUUUUCACCACAAACACUAAUCCACUCACACAGCAACUUGGUACGGACGUAUACGGUUAUGAAACAAUGCUGGUAUACCAGGUGAACAGAUACGAGACACUCGAUGGAAAUAAACCUUUCGGCAAAGCUCCUGAUAACCAAGUGGCAAUUUGCUCAUUGAAGAUGAUCAACUAAAAUGAUUUUGUAAAUAUAUCUAGUGUAAUAACAGUAAAUAGUGUGAAAAGAAAGUAUUACUACCGAAUAGUGUAAGCAUUAACUGCGAUCUUUUAUCGAUGCAUCUGUGAUUAUUAAUAAUCAAUGCAGACGACAAACCUAUUUUUUAAAUCGCAUUAUUAUGUUUUAUAAAUAUCAGUGACAAUAUAAUGCACGAUACAGUAAUUAAACGAUCAUUUACAAUUCCACAUUAUUUGUCAAAUGUAAUAAUUAUUGUUUCUUUGUCGGUUCUCAUUUCUUUCAUAGGCUAUAGAAAACCUUUAUAAUUCUUUACUUUAGCCUAAAAUCUAUUUUAACUAUUAAUUGAUAUUUAUGUAUAUAAAAAUAUGAUAUAAUUUUCGACGAUUUUAAGUACUUUGAUCAAAAUGCAAUAUAAAUAUUCAUAGCAGAUUUAAUAAAAAAUUUUUCUGGCCUGGCUUUUGAAGUAUUACAUAAGGCAUAAUAAUUAUUACAUAGUCACACAUUGUUAAUAUUAUUUCAUUAUGGUAAUUAUAUAUCUUUUAAGUAA